UCGAUCGCUUCAUUAGUGCAAAGAACCUAGCUAUGGCUUCCAGGAGCACCAUGCCAGCCUCCCUUCUCCUCAUGGAUCCUCAUGGAGCUGCUGCUCUCGUGCAGCAGCGGCAUGAGCACCGCGGCACGGUUGCUGGAGGAGGCGGCACCCAAAGAGGAGUAUCCACACCCUGCCGUGCCGGAGCUGCCAAGCCCGAGCUUCCGCCGCACCCCACGGUGCCUGAGCUGCCUAAGCCGGAGCUACCGCCGCACCCAGUCGAGCCGGAGCCGCCGAAGCCCGAGGUGCCGGCGCACCCCGCCGUACCAGAACUGCCGAAGCCUGAGCUGCCACCUCACCCUACUGUACCCGAGCUGCCGAAGCCCGAGGUGCCGGAGCUGCCAAAGCCUCUGAGGUGCCGGAGCACCCUGCCGUGCCUGAUGAGCUGCCGAAGCCCGAAGUGCCGGAACACCCCGCCAUGCCGGAGCUACCGGAGCCUGAGGUGCCGGAGCACCCCGCCGAGCCUGAGGUGCCUGAGCAUCCCGCCGUGCCGGAGGUGCCAAAGCAUGAGCUGCCACCUCUGCCGGAACCUGAGCUACCACCGAAGGCCGAGGGACACUACCCGGUGCCAGAUACCAAGCCAUGAUCGACUUGCAUCCGCAUUGCCCCAGUAUCAAUAACCACCUUUUUCUUUUUCUACAUCUGUGUACCGUGUACGUACAUAUGGUGUAAAAUUCGACGUAUGCCUGCGAGGCUGCGACCUCUUUGGCCAUGGGCUAGCUAGGAGAGCAUGAUCGAUGUUACCAGUAGUUUACUCUGUAUGUAUAUGCUUGUACUUUGAUGAUGUAAUGUACAUUGCUUUGUAUGCAUGCGAGUCUAUGCAUGGUAUGUAUCACACGUUUUUUAUUUAUUUAUUUAUCUUCAUGUUAUA